GAUAUAGAGGUAUAUCCGACCAUUUUCGUUCAUAACCCAAUAAAAUCCCCAACAACUCUUCCUCUUACUCUUCCGGCGGCCGGAAAGCUCUCUGCAGCAGUUGGUCCUCUUCGUUACUACGGCGGCGGCGGAGGUGUGAGAAACUUACUCAGCUUCAAGCUCAAACGCUCUCUCGUUGUCACUACGGCGUUCUCUCAGCGUACCGCACCAGAUCUCGCCUCGAUCAUCUCAUCCUGCGUCUGCUCUUACAAUCGGAACAAUUGUUGGAGUUCUUCCUUCAAUUUUGGGGUAAUUCAGUUGAAUACAGUGAGAAUGGCUUCGGUUAGUUCUGCUUUCUCAAGUUGCCGUAGCAGCAGCAGCAGCAACAGGAAAGCUGAUUCCGUUGGAUUAGACAAUUGUGACCUCGACCGCUUCGCCGACGUAGGCAACCAGGUCUCUCACGCCAGCGGUGAAGUCAUUCGCCUGUACUUCCGGAUAAGCUUGGACAUUCUCGAUAAAGAGGAUUUGAGUCGGUCCCGUAACAAUUGCCGAUCGAGCAGCGGAGGAGGCCAUGGUGAAAAUCUUACAAGUGAAUUUUCCUAUGCAUACAAUGUGAGUCAGUACUUUUCAAAGUUAAUAAAUCAUUUGUCAAUUACUUGUGUUUAUUCUUCUUGCUUGCUUUCAGUAAGUUGUUUGUUGGUUUUCCUUGGAUGCUGUUGUGAUGUUGUUAACAUAAUUAUCCAUCAAUAAAGAUUUGUAAUCUUCUAUCACGGACAUGUAAUUUUGGGAUGGGGGCUUUCCGAAUGAUUAUU